GACGUUUGCAUAUGAAGCGUUGCGAUGCUUAAGCUUAGUGCCAUGAGUAACAACGGGCCGAUCCUUCUUCGCAUGCAGAAUGGAUUCCGCGAGCGGCGCAACUUGCACGAGAAGUUUUGCGGAUUCAAGGGGCCCGAUAACGUUGAGGCGAGUGGCUGCGCGAAGUAGGUCGCGAAAGGUCACAAACAGCAAAAGGCGUCGUGAUGGCGUUAACACCAAGGGAAGCGCAGACGAAGCCCAGAACGACGACGUGGUGUCCAUGCACUUUUGCGCGCUUGAUGCGAUACAGCACCGACGAGGGGGGAGACGACGCACAAGCGACGCGAAGCAUGGCGGAUCCUUGAGCGAUAGAAGCGCGCGCUGCUACUUGGUUGGUGAGCACGGCAUGCGCCAGACUGUCGAGGUGGACGAAGGAAUCAAAGCGAAGUGGCGGAAGCGUGGGUCACAAAGACGAGUGGUAGAAGCAAGUUGGCCAUUUGAUGCAAUGACGUGACGAGAAAGCGUGGAGUAUGGUGCUGUUGUG